AUGGCUCGCACCUCGCUGCUGUCCAAGGCCCUGCUAGUGGUCGGCGUGGUGUCAGUGUUGCAGCUCUUCCGCCGAGAAGAUGCCUUCGUAACCCCGAAGCUGAGGGGCGAGGCCGCAGCAACGAUGGCUGCGGCCCUCCUGGCAGCCAGCGUCGCAGCUCCCGGACCAGCCCAGGCUGAGAGCCCGAAGCUGUCCUUCUUUGGCCUUGGAGGUGGCGUCUCCGACGUCUACAACCAGAACGACAACCCGAUCAACCCGUACUCGCAGUUCAGCGACUUUGUUCUUUCCAUAACCUCCAUUCGUUGUGUGAUGGCUUAUCUUGAUCCCGACAACCGAAACAGCAAAAGCGAAAGGGAUGUACUGGGCUUCACUACAGGGGUUAGCACCAGCGUGAUGAGCAAAGGCGAGGUCGGAGACGAGUCCGUCUACAAGGCCCGCACCGACCAGGAGGCACGGGUGGAGACCAGGGAACUUCUCGACCUCAUGCACACUGAAGUCGCACGCAGGAAGAAGGCCCUCGCGAACUCCUUCGAGCGCUUCGACAAGACCGCCGACAUGGUGUACUUCUCUGGUGCCGAGGGUUCCCCGGCUUACAACAAGGCCCGAGAAUUCUCCCAGAAGAUCUCCACCGUGGGUGUGGAUGGCCGCAACAAGGAGUCUUGGCUCUUCUUGUGGGGUGGGCGGGUGGCGGGUGAGUGGGGACGAGCCUCCCAGGACUUCGAGGCUGCAAAGGAGCUGCUGAAGGAGUGGAAGGAGCUCGUGAAGAACGUGGAUCCUGGGCGUGACCCCCUCCUGCCGAUUAUAACCAUCGGUGUCAACUACGGCCUUUCCACGGGCACAUUUCGAGGCUGGCGCCCGAUCUUCUUUGCAGCGGCCUCGCCACAUGCAGAGGAGACGGCAGUUGAAGCUGCUGAACUUUUGGUGGAGGCAGGCACUGUUGUUUUACGUGACCAGAGCUUGCUUCGACGAUCUCCACCUGCAGCACAGUCAGGAUAG